UAUUGGCGCCGGCUAUUAGCUCUGCUUUCCGGGAACUGUUACAGGAAGAGUUACCUCUUCCUGCGUCCCAGGCUUCCCAGCGGCUCCCGUUGCCGGGGAACGCAGGCGCCAUGGGAAGGGAUGGCGGGAGUGUACAGCUUAGUAGCUGGCACCUGCGCUGAGUUGGUGACCAGGGGCCCGGGCUCGGCAUGAAACAACGGAAAGGCCAAGUGCCUGGAGGCGGCCGUGGGCGCAAGAAGAGAGGUCUGAGUGACAUUUCACCAUCUACAAGCCUGCCACCUCUGGUUGAAGGGCAGUUACGCUGCUUUCUCAAACUUACUAUUAACAAAGUCGUGUGGAAGAUUGCAAAGCCUCCCACUUCAGUCCUUGUCCGAGUAAGGUGGUGGGGAGAAACGUCAGCUGGAACGCUCUUUUGCCCCAGGGAUGCACUGCAGACUGAGCCAAAAGCUGUGAGAACAACUACUCGUUAUGCUGUCCGUUGUGGCCCAAAGCAAUUUACCUCGUAUCUAACAGAUAUGGCCGUGCUGGUGUUGGAAGUAAUCACCAAAUUUGAUCAUCUUCCAAUCGGCAGAGUUCAGAUCAAUGGACUCGCCCAGCUGUCUCCAACCCAUCAAAUCAAUGGAUUUUUUACCGUUGUUUCACCGGCAUCUAGGAAACUUGGAGAACUUCAGGUCUCGCUUGCCCUGGAGCCUCUGUCAGAAACUUAUGACAGCUACAAGCCUCUUCCUACCACUGAAAUGACCGAAAAUGUACUUUUAUCUGAGCGAGAACUCAGAGAGAAUGCUGAAUCCAGCAACACCCACUCUAUGAUUCCAUCAAAGUCUUGUGGGGCACCCACCAUCAAAAAUGAUGGAAAGGAAUUAGCAGGCAGCAACAGUAGGUCAACCACACCAAGGGGGAAGGACCACUUGUACUUUGCAGAGAACUCCGAUGCAGUAAAGAGUUCUUUGUGUGGACCACAGCAUCACCUGAGUUCAGGCCCAAGUGCAGAGACUGCAGCCCUGAGAGGCAAAGCCCCCCAGAAGCAGCUAUCCCUCCUCAACAGCUCUGAAUUUCAGCCACAAGAGAGCGCAGUUGCCAAGAGUCACAGUGACUCAUGCAUUGUGUCUUCCAACAACCCCCCUACAAAGGACCUUCUUUCAGCUCUGUUAGAACAAGGCAAUAAACUGCGGAAUGCCAUGUUGAUCUCUGCAAUGAACUCAAGCCCAGAUACUAAUAUGCUGCUGGACAAAGUUCCUCCCUCUAUGAUGGAAGAUGUUGUCAGAGCAUCAGCGACGAACUCAUCUAAGAAUCAACUUGAGGACCACAGUGAAGACUACCUCCUCCCCAUGAGUGGGAACGCGCUUUGUAAAGAUGACGCAAGGGCUGACAGGGCUAUACAGCUGCUGCUAGGCAGUGCUGAAUUAUCGCAAGGUCGUAUCUGGAAUGGAUUAGGCUCUCCUCCAGAUUCCCCGGCUCCUGGGAGUGAUGUGUAUUGCAGCAGUGACCUGAAUGACCCACAGUAUGACCAGAGUCUCCUGGAGAACUUGUUCUACACAGUGCCUAAAUCUGAUGUCAGCGCCAGUGACUUCCUCAGUGAAGAAGAUGACAUGGAACCUUCUAAAACAAUGAACCACUCAAAAGCUUCUGGCAGAUCUAAGGCUGUAGGGUCAAGUGCGCACAAGCUGAAGAAAAGGGCAGCUGUCAAGAAAAGCAGAAAUCCAGUUGACCAACAAGUACCCUCAAGAAUUCCAGAACAUACCCCAGCGAUGUCACUAAGUGUGGAUAGACUGGCUCUUCUGGGUAGAAUACAUUCGGUCAGAAUCAUCAUUGAAACCAUGGGUGUCCCUCCAGACAGUCCCCAAGUGACACCAAGCCGGAAAAGCUUUGCCGGGAAACCACCAAAGCCAGCAGCAGCAAAAAAGCGCACUUUCUUUGUGGAGUAUCACUUUCCUGUGGGCUUUUCCAAAAGUGGACUGGGAAAGACAGCUUUGGUCACUGAGGUUGUUCGACUUGCCUCCAGUAAAAUCACAGAUGGAGUGGUGAGAUUCCAGCAGCGGUUUGUGUGUCCGAUAGCGUUCGGUGGCCCGAUGAUAGAGCACUGGUGGAACUCUAGCCUCUCCUUCCAAAUUUAUGCAAAGAAAACCCCACAGAAAAAGCCAGAAGCCGUUGGAUCUGCAUCUCUCCCUUUGCGAGCCGUCAUUCAGUCAGAGCAGCUGUCUCUCAGUAGCCAGCUUCCUGUGCAACAGGAAAAUGGUCCAUCUUCACUUGGCCCCCUAAAGGUCACCAUGGAGCUGGUUUUAGGCAACAAGGAUUUCACUGGUAUCAGCGCUAAGUUAAGUUGCAGCACCCAGUGUGCUCCACUUUCUGCUGCUACAAGUCCAGAUCUGAUACUACCAGAAACAAGCCAGGACACCAGCUGUACCAGAAAUCCACAGAUCUCAAAUCAAACUCAUGAAACUGCAAAGAACACACAGAAUUUAGUGUUCCCCCACUCAACGUCAGCAAACCCUAUAGCCUCGGGUUCUUCCGGCUUCAUGGCUGCGCCACCACACAAUUUAGUACACCAAGCAAACAGGUCGAGCAAAGAACAGGCUCUGCUACUACAUGUACUGUUGAUGGUGCCGGAUGGGAAAGACUUUGUUGCUGGCGACUCAGAAAAACAACCACCAUGCAAUGUUUAUUUCAAUUGCAAGCUCUUCAGCACAGAAGAAGUCACCAGAUCUGUCAUCUCAUGGGGCACAACACAGCCUGUCUUUAAUUUUUCUCAGGUGAUUCCUGUCUCUCUGUCUCCCAAAUACCUGGAAAGACUUAAGAACAAUGUGAUGAUAAUUGAAACUUGGAACAAGGCGCGGAGCCCAGGACAGGACAAGCUGCUCGGGCUGGUGAAACUCCCUCUCCAUCAGUUUUACAUGUCAUUCAAAGAUCCCAAGAUUUCUCACCUGCUGCUUGAUGCCAGGUACCCAGUUGUUGCUGUCGACAGCUAUAUGCCUGUGAUUGAUGUGUUCUCAGGCCACCAGAAUGGGAGUCUUCGAGUCUUUUUAGCCAUGGGCUCUUCAGAUCAGAUAACAGCGCUGCAAAGAUUAAAGAAUGAAGAAGGAAUACUCCCUCCCUUCAGCCCUAGGCCAGCCCAUUACCUGGACCAGCCACCUGUAGCAUCUGUUGCUAUGCCAGAAAAUCAGGGGAAGCGACUGAUGGAGCACCACUUUGAGUUCCACGUGGUGAUGGUAAAAGGACUCAUGCCCCUUCAGGCAACAGUGUGGGGAGAAGCAGACUGUUACGUCCAGUACUACUUUCCGUUCCAAGACUCCCAACCCAGUGUGCUCCGAGGACCUGACUUCCUUGAAAAUGGAAUUACUCUGAAGCCCUUUAGAACUUCAACCACACUGUGUGUCCCAGAUCCCAUCUUUAACAGCGAGCACCAUCACUCUCUCCUGCUGCCAACUGAAGUUCCAGUGCAAAGGCUCCUGCUAAGUGCCUUCUCCUCCCAGGGGCUGGUCCCUGGGGGUGGAGUCCAGUUUGAAAUCUGGUGCAGGUACUAUUAUCCUAAUGUAAGGGACCAGAUGGUUGCCAAAGGAACCUUGCCAUUAUCAAGGAUCUGUGCCAUGGUAACCAUGCAGCACCGUGAAGAUGUGGGAAUCCAGAACUUUAGCCUCCCGUUAACCCCCAGACUUGAGAACAGCAAAGAACUGAAGAACCAGUCAUCAGGUUUACUGGAUGUGGGUCUAAGGUACCUGCGUAGUCCAAGAACAACAGAGGGAGUUCUUGCUGCCCGAGCUGUCUCCAUUUCAGUCCAGAUUAUCAGAGCCUGUGGUCUGCAGGCAGCAGCAAAGGCUUUGGCUGAGCAGGAACCCGCUGUGCAGUUUAGUGCCACCGUUGGAGUUAAUGCUUCUGUCACCACUCAUCUCUCAUUCCUGCCCAAGGCAGAACAGCGCCGAACCCGCCCUGUGGCCUGUUCCUUCUGCCCUGAGUUCUCCUAUCACAUUGAGUUCCCAUGUAACCUGGUGACUCAGCACUGUAGUGGAGAAACCUGUUUUCUGGCGGAGCUAUUGGAGUUUGCAGAAAUUAUUUUUGCUAUCUAUCAUGAAAAUACCAAGUCAGUCAGUGAUAUAACCAGCAUCCAGUCAUGCCGAGAUUAUCUGCUUGGAGUAGUAAAGAUUCCGACAAAAGAGCUGCUGGUCAAAAGAUCUGGGAUCACAGGAUGGUACCCUGUCAUUUUACCAGAAGACGAAGGCCUGCCUCCGGACCUGGAGUUUAUGCAGAAGAUUGUGGGAGGCUUGGAGCUUUCUGUCUCCUUCACUCACCCUGGAGAUAGAGAGCGGGUAUUGGAAGCUGCUGAGCUGUUGGGCUGGAGCUUUGAGAAUAACAAGAAGGAUCUUGUCAAGAUGGAAGAAGAGGUGCCAGCCACUGUCACCAUCUCCACCCCAAGACUCUGGCUUCCUCUCCACUGUGUGCUGCUCGCUGGCCAUAAUAGCAUUCACAAGAACACGUAUUGCUACCUUCGCUACAAGCUGUACAGUCAAGAAGCCUUUUGGACCCCUCUCAGGAAACCUAAGGAGUUUACAAACAAAAACCAGGUCCUGGUUACUUUCAAGGCAUCCAAAAGAGCAGAAGUCACUCGGAGCCAGUCACUGCUUUGGUACUUCCAGGAGGAGAAGUUAGAGAUCCAGGUGUGGCGAGCUUAUGGCAAUGAUAUCUUGGAGAGGCCACACCGGACUGACAGCUGGAUUGGCUCAGCCUAUGUAGACCUGUCCAGACUUGGGGGGAAAUCACCGAGGACCCUAACUGUCAGUGGUGUGUAUCCUCUAUUUGGAAGAAAUGCUUCUGACCUCUCUGGAGCUGCUCUGCGCGUUCAUGUGGCUCUGUCCCCUCUCUCCUCACAUGCUGAGCCCACUUGCGAGCAGGACUCCAUGGACUGCAGCAGCCACAGUGAGUCUGAGCAGCUUCCCAGAAAGAACGACGAGCUGCAGCUCUCUCCACCCUGCGUCCUCCAGAAGUCUCCCACCUCCACCCAGGUCCACUGCAGCAGCACUGCAGCUGAUGUGCGCCCCACCCAGGAUGCCCCUCCUGAGCUGGAUGGGAGUUUUGCAGUCAGUAUCCUGGUAGAGAGAGCAAUGCACCUGAGCUUGAAAGGGAGCCCCUUGACGGAGCGGAAGGUAUCUGUACCCAGUUGCUGUGUGUCCUUUGCAACAGCCACUGAGCCAUCUCCUGUAUACACCCACGUGGUUGAAAACUCCGAGUCACCCAUCUGGAAUUUUCAACAGCAGUCAAGGCUAUCAAAAGAGCUGCUUCUGGACCCACAUCAAACCCUGGUCUUCAAAGUGUGGCACAAAGGAGAUGAGGAGAGGGUGGUUGGCUUUGCCUCAGUGGACCUCUCCCCACUACUGUCUGGCUUCCAGUUUAUCUGUGGCUGGUACAAUAUUACAGACUUCAGUGGAGAGUGCCAAGGGCAAAUAAAAGUUGCUAUUUCCCCUUUGGAGAGUCUGAUGCACUUAAAAGAAGAAAGACAAGCAAGACGAGAGAUGGAGACUCCAGGAUCACUGAUACCCUUGUUCAGCCCCUUCUCCUUCCCCGCCUCUACUAUAUGUGAUGCGUACCCUGGGCCCAUUGCAAGGCACAUCCAGGACCAGCUUGCUCAUACUUCUCCAAAGGAGGUUGAUUUCUCCUCCCCUGCAAGAAAUGGCACCGUAAGAAGCCAGGCGGCACGCCAUGAGGAGCAUGUGCAGAACAUCCGCCGAUUUCACGAGUCCCUGCAGCACGGGGAAGCAGUCUCCGCAAGUGAAGAGAAACCGACCACAGUGCCUUCGGCCUCCCACACCUCCAUUCUGACUUCUCUCAGGAAGAACCUGAGUGAGCUGGAUGACAUCCAGAAGUACUUCAGCCGGAAGCUCGGCAAGCCUUUCCUGCCUUUCAGCUCCCACAGCUCUCCUGUCCCCUCACAGAGCCAGGAGAGCCAGAAGGACUCUGUGCGCCCAGGAACCAGCAGCCGAGACCCCGAGAGCCAGUGCAUCCUGGAGAAAUCCAGUAACCUGGUGUUGCAAGUCAGCUCCUUAAUCUCAGAUCUGCAGACCAUCACCAGAGAUUCACAAGCAGCUUUGACUUCUCACCAAGCCAGGAGGAAAAGCAGUGCGAUCACCACCUUCCCAGAUGUUCAGGACACAGAGGCUGUGCGAGAAGGAAGCGCCACUCCUGAGGAGCCAUUGGCGGGAGCUGUAGAGAAGAGCACAAAUCCCCUGCCUCCUCCUGAUCUCAAAGAGACAUCAAAGGGAGGCGGGGCGCUCCGUGAGUCGCUGGAGCAUGCAGUGCCCAUCACAAGGGUGCAGAGCAUUGAUGGCACUGAGGUGGGCCCAGACUACAGUGAUGAAGACUACGAAGAAGACAUUAUUGAGCCCAGGACCCUAAAUGAAAUCACCACAGUGACAGACAAAACUAGCCCUUGGUCCAGUUUCAUGUCAGACAUGAGUGAGGUCCUCAGCCCACAGCCCAAUGAAUUACAAAGGGAAGGCCCAUCCUGUCCUCCAGGACCUUUCCCCAGAGAGGAGCUGAAGGUCAGAAGUAGCCCACAAAAGGCAGUCACCCCCCAAUCUGAACAGGGCUCCCCUAGGGCCUGUGAGGGUGGAGCCUAUCUGACCAAGGUUGAAGAGCCUGCCUCAGCCGUGCCACAACUUGUCCCAAGCCUGACAUUCUCGGGAGCCCACGAAGGCAGUGACUGUGUUGGAUGGAGCUCACCACAGACAAAUCGGGACAAGAAGCCCGUGCCAGAGAGCCUGGCUGAGAGUGAAGCCUUCUCCAGUGAGCUCAGCGACUCUGCCGAGAGCUUUGACAAGUUCUCUCUCCACCUGCCCUCCCAGAGCAAAAGGGAGAAGCACGAGGAGCCACCCGUGGAAUCUCAACCCGUGGGAUCUCCACCCGUGGAAUCUCCUGCUGUGAGGCCGAAGCAGGUAACAGGCGGCUCAGGGGGGUCCACGCGGCAGAAGCUCCCUCCAGAACCUAUUGUGGUACCCAACUUCUUUUUGCCUCCCCAACAACUGGAGGCCUCUCUACGCAUGAUCUCUCACUCUCCAGCUUUGCCACCACUAGCCACAGCUGACCAGGACAAGAGUGAAGCCACCAGGGGAGCCCUCACGCAGAGGCCUUGUCGUCCCAGACCUAACUCCCUCCCUCCCAACCUUCCAGAGGAAGAAACUCGCAGGAUUGCACGGAUAUUUUCUUCCCAGUACUCCCAGAGGACUGAUGAGGCCUGAAGGACUCAGGAAUCGGCUACCAGCCAACCCCCCUCAGCUUUGUUCAGCUUGCAAAAGGUCCCUGGUCUGUUUCCCUCGGCAUCCUGAGGCCACUACCAUCACCCUAUCCCAUGGGCAUCUUGAGACCCAGUCAGCUAAGACUAGAGAAGUGUCCAGAACCACCUAGACCCUGCCCUCCCAGGACCUCAGCUUCCUUCUGUAAUGAGCGACGGAUGGAAAUGAAUGGCCUCCAGCGCCCAAGUUUCCCACCCAUCUUCUGACUGUGGGGCCGAAGAAGGCAUCUGAGC